CUGUAUCAUCGAUGAUGGGUUCAGAAGCGCUGACCAGCAGCUGUCAAAUCGGAAACGUCACAAAGCCGCGCGCAAAUGUAAACAAUCAGUUGUGAUAAGAACGAGGGCUAAAAUUCACGUUUUCCCGAUUAUUCUAUACUUCCACUAACUUCUAGAUAACAAGUUUUGCUUCAGUAAUUGUUUCUCGUUGAAUAAUGACCCUUGAAGCAAUCAAGUAUAAAGCUGGCCAGCUUCAAAUACUCGACCAGCUUCUGUUGCCCGGAGAAUCGAAGUACAUUCCUAUUGCCGGUGUUAAGGAUGGUUGGAGUGCGAUUCAUAAGAUGCAGGUCAGAGGUGCACCAGCCAUUGCCAUCGUUGGAUGUUUAUCGCUCGUGGUAGAGAUUUACGAUAAACAGUACGUCACGAAGGUUGAGCUCGAGCAGGAAGUAAGCAAACAUCUGCAAUAUCUCGUCACGUCACGACCGACGGCAGUCAACCUGAAGCUGGCAGCUGAUGAUGUGAAGGGUCUGGUUGAAAGUUUCUUGGCCAAUGAAACGGUUAAUGUUGAUGGAAUGAAGCAAGAGGUUAUCAAGUCAAUUGAAUGUAUGUUGGAGAAGGAUAUCAGCGAUAAUCGUGCCAUUGGCGACAAUGGUGCCAAUGUUCUGUUGAAAGGAAUAGAUAGGCCAUUGAAUUUGCUAACCCACUGCAACACUGGCUCGCUAGCUACCGCUGGUUACGGGACUGCUCUAGGCGUUAUACGGAGUGUAAAUGAAAGGAAUCUCCUCGAACACGUGUUCUGUACUGAAACGCGACCGUACAACCAAGGCGCUCGCCUGACAGCCUAUGAACUUGUGCACGAUAAACUCCCAGCUACCCUAGUCACGGACAGCAUGGUAGCCGCCCUACUGAACAGCCGAACAAUCGAUGCCAUCAUCGUCGGUGCGGAUCGUGUCGCGGCGAAUGGUGAUACAGCGAACAAAAUUGGCACGUAUCAGAUGGCUGUUGUGGCAAAACAUCACGGUGUGCCGUUUUACGUGGCCGCUCCGUUCACCUCGAUCGAUGUCGCUAUUGUAGACGGAUCGCACAUUAAAAUUGAAGAACGUCCGGAACACGAGCUAACGCACAUCGGUGGGCAGAGGAUUGCUGCACCCGGAAUUGGGUGCUGGAAUCCGGCAUUUGACGUUACGCCGGCCGAACUGAUAACGGGCAUUAUCACCGAGCGCGGUGUUCUGAAACCGAGCGAACUGGCCGAAAAGGUCAGACAGAAAUGAAUGAACCGUUCGUGUUGCGGUCCGGCAACGUUAUUUACGCAAGAAUCGUUUUGUUUUAUUGCGGGUACGGUAAUGUACCGAGAAAGAGAGAGAAUUUACUAGCUUGUUAGAAAAAUAAACUAAUACAUUCAGAAGUUGAAUAAGGGAAUUAUGCUUUUUUUUGCUAAUGAGAUAACAUUAACCCAAACAUGCAAGAGGUUGAGAGCAUGAAUCACGUUGUGCGUAAAAAGUGGCUGCGUACUUACGAAUGUUAGUUGACAGUUAUUUUUGA